CCGGGAGGGGCCGUGCUCGGCGGGGAGGAGGCGGCGUUCCGGCUGACGAAGCGCUGGGCCGCUCCGAGCGCCCGCGGGACCCGGCGCCGGGCUGCGCCGCGGGGAACGGGCCUGGAGCCGCGCAGCCCUCCUCCGUGUUCUCCCUUAUGGGCCCGGAAAGCGCUCCUCCUUCUCCCGCCGCUGCUGCCGCCGGAGCUCCCCGGGCUGUGAGCAGAAAUCUAAUGAGCCCCGGCCGCCUGUUAUGUAACGCCGCUGCGGGCCGGGGCUGUCGGAGCGCCGUCUCCUUCGCAGGGGCAGAAGUUGGGGCUGCCCGCCCCGCACGGCGCUGCCCGCUGCGCCCUGGAAGGAUCGCUGCUUUCCUAAGGGACGCGGAGGCGGGGAAACAAAACAGACGGAUUAAUAAAUCAUUUUUAAAUGCCCCCUCUAAACCACCCAAUCAGCUUUUCUGCACCGAUUGUGUCCCUUUUGUAAAUAUCUUCUGUUUGCCCUUGAUCUUUUCCUUAUCCCCACCCAGUGCUGAUCCAGCAAACGUUUAAAGGUCGCCUUAUCGUGCAGGCUGUCACAUAUUCCCAUACCAUCUUGGGGAGAGCGCGAGCGGCUUGGAAAUAGUGUUCCAGCCUUUAAAAGGAGAUUACUUGGAGCAGGAAAUAACAGUGAACAAGAGCACUCAAGGUGAAGGAUAAUAAUCAACUAGCAUCAGCACUUUGAAGGAAAUUUUGUUUCCCUGUGGCAUCUUGAACACUUUCUUCGUGUUUUGAAACAGACUUAUACCUUUGUGGCAUAGCAGCUAUGCAGCUUGAAAUCCAAGUAGCACUCAAUUUUAUUAUUUCAUAUUUGUACAAUAAGCUUCCCAGACGACGUGUCAACAUUUUUGGUGAAGAGCUUGAAAGACUUCUUAAGAAGAAGUAUGAAGGGCACUGGUAUCCAGAAAAGCCAUACAAAGGAUCAGGGUUUAGAUGUAUACAUAUAGGGGAGAAAGUGGACCCAGUCAUAGAACAAGCAUCCAAAGAGAGUGGUUUGGACAUUGAUGAUGUUCGUGGCAACUUGCCUCAGGAUCUUAGUGUUUGGAUUGACCCAUUUGAGGUUUCAUACCAAAUUGGUGAAAAGGGACCAGUGAAAGUGCUUUAUGUGGAUGAUAAUGAAAAUGGAUGUGAGUUGGAUAAGGAAAUCAAGAACAGCUUUAACCCAGAGGCCCAGGUGUUCAUGCCAAUUAGUGACCCAGCAUCUUCAGUGUCUAGUUCUCCUUCUCCUCCCUUUGGUCACUCUGCUGCUGUGAGCCCAACUUUCAUGCCCCGCUCCACUCAGCCUUUAACCUUCACCACUGCCACAUUUGCUGCCACCAAGUUUGGCUCGACCAAAAUGAAGAAUAGCGGCCGUAGCAACAAGGUCGCCCGCACUUCUCCCACCAACCUUGGCUUGAAUGUCAAUGACCUGUUGAAGCAGAAAGCCCUCUCCUCCUCCAUGCACUCUCUCUACGGGCUUGGCUUAGGCAAUCAGCAGCAGCAGCAACAACAGCAGAAGACUUCUGCCCUUUCUCCUAACGCAAAGGAGUUUAUUUUCCCCAACAUGCAGGGUCAAGGUAGCACCAGUAGCAUAUUUCCUGGUGACAGCCCCCUUAACCUCAGUCCUCUCCAGUACAGUAAUGCCUUUGAUAUGUUCGCAGCCUAUGGAGGUCUAAAUGAGAAGUCUUUUGUGGAUGGCUUGAAUUUUAGUUUAAACAACAUGCAGUAUUCUAACCAGCAAUUCCAGCCAGUUAUGGCUAACUAAAAAUAAAACAGAAGUGACAUACAAGUAAAUACUAUUGUACAAGUAAAAAUGCACGUACCCAAGGGUGUAUCUUUUUUUCCACCUCUUGAGAUUUUUUUUUUAAGGCUUGUAGUAUGAAUACAUUCAAGCUUGGUUAGAGAAAUACAACAUGCAUCAUUUUUUCAUUUGCCAACCAAGCACAAAAUUAUUUUAUACUGACUGUACAUUAAAAAAAAUAUACUCUCAAGAUAUGGCCUCUUACAGUAUUUAAGAUAUAGCAAGGACAUGGCUAAUUUUUUUCGUAUAUAUAUAUAUGCACACAAACGUAUAUGUAUAUAUAUAUAAAAAUUGGCGCUAGUAAGUGGGUUUAUUGGUCUUUUUCUAAUUGUAUAAUUUAAUUUAGUACAAAGUUUGUAAAAUAUCAGAGUAUAUAUAUUGUUUCUACAACAUGGUAUUGCAUUUAUAUCUUUUUACUACAGUGAUCUGUGACAGCUGCAGCAGCUUCAUGUUGUAUUUUUUUUACUGAAAUUGUAAGAUAUCCAUCUUAAAGACAUCAAUUCUAAAAAAAAAUAUAAAAAGUUGUGUACAGAAUAUUCCUUAGUGGUGGAAUUAAAAAUGUACGAAAUAUUUGCUUUUUUCAAAAGAAACACAAAUUGUAUUUUCUGUUAAAAGUUUAAAGAUUUUUGCUAUAUAUUAUGGAAGAAAAUGUAAUCGUAAAUAUUAAUUUUGUACCUACAUUGUGCAAUACUUGAAAAAAGGUAUAAAAGUAUUUUGAGUCAGUGUCUUACAUGUUAAGAGGGACUGAAAUAGUUUAUAUUAAGUUUGUAUUAAAAUCCUUUAAAAUUA